UUAUGUAUACUUUAAUUAUGGAAAAGGAUUUGUUGAUAUCUAUAAUCAACAAAAAUAUUUUGCAAUCCUACUAAUAUUCGCAUUCUGUCGGUAUCCGGCAUCCUCUUAAUAUGCAUGACCUUUUGUUGGAAAUCCAGGAUUUAAUGUAUAACGUAUGGUUUAUCAUCCCAUGACGGUAUAAGAGGUUUCUUUCAUAUCAUUGUACUGUUGAGGCUAGUUUUACCGAUACAUUACCGCUCUUAUCAUUUGAUAUACUUGAGAGAAUUCUAAUGAUAUAUUUUUAAUUUUCAAUUAUUAUUAGAAUGCGCUUUAUAACAUGUUCAAUUUGCAAUUGUUUCUUCUCUUUUCUUUUGUCAAACCAAAAGAAAUAUUAUAGAAGAUAAUGAGAUAGCAAUUGACAGCAAGAAACUAUAUAGAAGCAUCACAGAUAAUUUCUUAAUCUAUUUUAUUGCGGUUCGCAGAAAAUGGGUUUGCAGUUUGGCAAUUUACCAAUUCGGAUUCGUAGAGUAGUGUAUUACAGUAUAUCACCCACGGAACAACGGGCUUGGGCAAAAUCGAUGACGCAUGGAAUACCUAAUUUGGUAAAUAGGGCAAUGCGUGCGCUCCCGACGAUGCUUCCAGGUUUUAUAAUGUCGGUUGUAGUAUAUAAAUGGUCUACUGCAACAUAUGAUCGAUAUAAUCGCAAGGAUCCCAAAUUAUACGAGAAUGACAAGUGAAUGCAAGAAUUGAUCAAGCUAUUUUUAAAUUGACUUCAUAAUUAAAACUUGAUAUUAUUGUCUCUCUUCA